AUGUAUCGAAAUGGCGAUUAUCGAUUAGCAUAUCGGGACGAGCGGCCGGAGAUUGAAGAAAUUGAGGAGGUCGAGGUCGAGAUUAUUGAGCCGAUUUUGCCCGACGGUUAUACGGAUAAGAUCAUUUUCAACAACAAAGUGAUGGUAUUUGACCAUCGAUUCAAGUUCUCGGCCAGAGGUAUCAUCAAGAUUAUACAAAUUUUUAUUUGUUUCAUCUCCAUGCUACUCGUUGGUCUCUCCCAGCCAUACCAUGAUGAACGGGGAUUGGCAUUUCUGGCUACAACCAUUGGUAUCCUCAUCGCGUUCACUUUGCUCGUUUGUUAUACAGUAAUGCUCAACACACGGUUUGACGCGUAUGCAUGGUUGAUGGGAGAAGCCAUUUACGAUCUUCUAAUGGUCAUCGCAUUCAUUGUUGCUGGAAUUUUCAUGUUUUGGUUCAACGCGUUCCACUGGGCAGAUAUGAACCCAGCCUGGCAAUAUGCACCCGCUUUUGCUAGUGGAUCACUCUUUGCCUGCGCAUUGGUCUACUCAAUUGAAGCUGUCCUUCUAUGCACCGGAUGGCAGCGAUAUUCCUGGAAGCCAACUUUUGAUUAUACUCCCAAAAAUUCCCAGUUGCCGCAU